UCUCAGUCCUAUAAUUUCUUAAUUAUCAUACUCUCUCUCUCUAAAUAUCUCCCUCUCUAUACAGUUGAGCAUGAGCUUGUAUGAAAGACUAAGCACCUCUCAUGGAGGACGAAGAAACAAACUCAUGUUGUCGGGAUGCUUAGCCUUCCUAUUCAUUAUGCUUUUUAGUACCAAAAUGUCCAGUGCUAAACGUUAUAUAUAUCCACCAACGUCCCAUAUUUCUAGACCAGCCACUAUUAAUGCAUGCAAUGACACACUCUACCAAGAAGCUUGUGUUUCAGCCCUAGUAUCAUCAACAACAAGCGUGCUCCAAAAAACUCCGAUGGAACUAUUCGAUCUCUCCGUCCAAUUCAGCAAGGGUCGAGCUCAAUCUGCUAGAGCCCUUGCAGUUCGAGCCCUUGCUCACAGUCUUAGCAGCCAGAUGAACCCAAAGGGUCGUGCCCAUUUGGUCAUUGGCAUGAAUGACUGCAUCGAGUUGCUCGAUCAUAGUCUGGACCGGCUCAGUAAUGUGCUCAACCGGGAUAAAACCGGCUUCCAAGUUGAUGAUGUUCAGACAUGGCUUAGUGCUGCUCUUACCAAUCAAGCAACAUGUAUGGAAAGCCUUCAAGAUUACAAGUUUGAGGUAGACAAGGGCAUGGUGGUUGGUGCGGCACAAAAUUUGAGUCACUUCAUAAGCAUCUCACUAGCACUUUACAUGUCUGCCAAUACAAAAGGGGUUAAAAAAAAUUCUAACCUAGGUGGUGGUGGUGGCCGGAGAUUACUGUCUGACCGGUUUCCAGAUUGGUUGUCCAUGCCAGAGAGGAAGCUUCUAGAAGCUUCCACGGAGGAGAUUGGAGUGAAGGUUGUGGUGGCUAAGGAUGGAAGUGGAACGCAUAUGUCCAUCAGUGAAGCACUGGCAUCAUUGGCGGGCGAUGGCAGGAGUGUAAUUUACGUGAAAGCCGGGACUUAUAGUGAAAACCUCCAGAUUCCCGCCUCAAAGAAAAACGUUAUGUUAGUGGGCGAUGGGAAGGGCAAAACAGUCAUUGUGGGUAGUAGAAAUUCCAAAGACGGAUGGACAACAUAUAAAUCUGCCACUGUUUCUGCUAUUGGCGAUGGAUUCAUGGCUCGAGACAUCACAAUCAUGAACAGCGCAGGUCCGGCAAAGCACCAAGCCGUGGCUCUCCUUGUGGGAUCGGAUAAGUCGGUGAUCUACCGGUGCUCCAUCAUCGGCUACCAAGACACCCUCUUCACCCACUCCCAACGCCAAUUCUACGCCGAAACCGAUAUCUAUGGAACAGUGGACUUCAUCUUCGGAAACUCAGCUGUGGUCUUCCAAAACUGCAACAUUUACCCUAGAAAACCCAUGUCUGGACAGAAAAACUUCAUCACCGCCCAAGGCCGAGCUGACCCUAAUGAGAACACCGGCAUAUCUAUAAUCAACUGCAAAAUAACAGCAACAUCUGACCUAGCCCCGGCCAAGUCUCAGGUCAAAACGUUUCUCGGACGGCCGUGGCAAGCGUAUUCGAGGACAGUGAUCAUGGAGUCAUUUUUGGAUGACUCAAUACAUCCACAAGGGUGGGCUCCUUGGUCCGGUAACUUUGCCCUAAAAUCCUUGUUUUAUGGGGAGUAUAUGAAUUCGGGGCCGGGGUCAUCCACUUCUGGUAGGGUUCAGUGGCCUGGCUACCAUGCAUCUCUCGCUACUACUGAGGCGGAAAAGUUCACGGUGGGCGGGUUCAUCUCCGGGAAUCAGUGGUUGCCGGCUACCGGGGUACCUUUCGAUGCUGGACUGCAUGCUUAACAUAGUAGGGUACCUAUCUCUCCAAUAAAUUAAAUAAAUGGGACAGCUGCCAACAUAGCCUUAUGUUAUCAUAUGUUUAUCCUUAAUUUUUUUUUUUUAAGAACUUGCAUAUAUGUCUGUGUGUGUAUUUAAUUCCCACUUGUAUUUGAAAUUUGGUGGCCGACUUGAAAAUGGCACAAAUGAAUUGUAAAUGUAAUAAUCAUUAAUAUAUGCAAUCUAUGUAUAUAUGUGCGUGUGCCUUUGGACG